GCCUUUUCCUUCCCUCCACUUUUCCUUCGUCACUAAGUCUUCUCCCCUUCCCUGCUCUUCUUCUCCACCUUUUCCUCUUCCCUCUCUUCAUCUCCAAGGCAAUCGGGUGAUCAAAAGCGCAGAAAGGAAGAACAAGAGUAAAAGAAGAGCAUCACAACCUCCACUGCAAUGGCGGAGCCAAAUCCUGCUCUCAACCCCUCCAAAUUACCAACUCCAAAGCUCAGAACUCCAAACCCACAAGCCCAACAAGCCUCAGCUAGAUUCCUCUCCAGUUUCCUCUACAAAGUCAUCUUCUUCACCAUCAUCAUCGCCCUCCUCCCUCUUUUCCCCUCCCAAGCCCCAGAGUCCAUAAACCAAUCCCUCUUCACCAGAAGCUGGGAACUCCUCCACCUUCUCGUCGUCGGGAUUGCCAUAUCUUACGGCAUUUUCAGCCGCCGCAACACCGAACCGGAGCUUGAAAAGGAGGCGGCUGCUUGGAAGGCUGAUAGCCCCCAAUCUUACAUCUCCCAAAUCCUUCAUGUCUCUUCAGACUUCGACGAUGACGAGGUUUAUAGCCCCCAUGGGCCUCUUGAUGAGAGCAAGAUCCGGACUUGGAGCUCACAGUACUACCGAAAUAAUCCUGUGGUUGUGGUUAGAAAUGAACGAACCGAUGCCGGCCACGCUACCAAUAAGCCUCUGUAUCUGCCUGUCCGAAGCUUGAAAUCAUGUGCCCAGGACUCGGGGUUAAUGGAUUCCUGUAAUGAAUUCAUUGAUGAGUACUCUGGCUCAGUUAACGGAAUGGAAGAGUCUAGAUCUUUUGAUGCUCUGAAUUCGGAGAAUGGACUGGAGGGGAGUCCUGUCCUUCGAUCUCCUAUUCCAUGGAGAUCAAGAUCAGGAAGGAUGGAGGUGAAUGACGAAUCAGCUUCGGGUACAGGUAUCGCAUCUCCACCUUCUUGUUCUGUGCCACCUUCCAUCUUGGAAGCCGAUUUCGGGCCUUCCAGGACUCCAUCAUUCCGUUCUCCGGUGCCCCGUACCCCCUCCACUCCGAAUAGGCUCGCUCCUUCACCCUCUCUUUCCCCAGAAAUGAGGACCAAAAGCGGUGAGGAUUUGGGGAGGAGGAAGAGCUUCAACAAGUCCACUCCACCCCCGGCACCGCCACCGCCACCUCCUUUUCUUGGACAUGGCUAUUCACACAUCUCAGACAAAAAGGUUGUAUCAAAAAGUUUCAAAGAUGAAUUGGAAGAUCUGAGCAGAGGAAGGAAAGGCUUUCCGAGUGCCAAAGGCUUUGCUCCUUCGAUGUCAUCAUCAAAAUCUAGAAAUGAAGCAGAAAGCUAUUCGGUUGGAAGGUCAGUUAGAACAGUUCCAGCAAAGGAAGUCCCAAGCGCAAUGCCAGAUCGAGUGACCAACUUCGGUGCUGAGCAAUCCUUUGGCUAUGAAGCACUCCAGCCUCCUCUGGUUCCAAGAUAUCAAGCUGAGAAGAGGAAUGAAUUCAUGGAGAAUGUGAUCGUUUCCUCGGAUGAGUCCGAUACUGAUGAUGUUGCUGGUGAGUCCUCUGACAAAGAAGUUGUUUCAAACUCUGUGGCAGAAGCAGCACCAAAGGAGAAUGAAGUUGAUAAGAAGGCUGAUGAGUUCAUAGCCAAGUUCAGGGAACAGAUUAGGCUUCAGAGAAUUGAAUCAAUCAAGAGAACCAGUGGGCAGCGAAGCCCCAGAAACCAAAAUUAGUGUCAUAUUUUGGUGCCUUGGCAACCGAUGAUGUUUACUUUUUAGUGUCCGUGAUGCUGUCUUUUAUUUCUUUUCCUGAAUUUAGAGUUUCCAAACACCUAUCUAGUUGAAUGAAGAUUCAAAAUUUGUUAGUCUUGUUCUUCAUUCUCUUUUCAAGGCGAUCGUCCUGCCUUUAUCAUUAGUGGCAAUGUACUUGAAAUUAGAUUAUUGGAGCAUGUGAUUACGCUUGUACUGAAGACUAGUCUAUUUUCAUCACCUUUUGUUCUCCACCUUGUUAUGUUCUCCAUGAUGUGGUCUUGGAAAUCCAAAAAUUGUUGAUCAUGUGAUUAUGCUUGUAUUGAAGACUAGUCUAUUUUCAUCAC